AUGCUUGAACAGUCUAUACCGCAGCCUCCGCAGUUCGCACCGCUAGCAGCAGAGGAUGGCCAGAAGUCCUUCGAGCUCAGGAAGGUGAUGGUGCCCUACAACCGCAUUUCGCCCAUAAAACGGGAGUGGAAUAACAUAUGCACGCCAAUCGUUACAGAGCUUUUGCUUGACAUUCGCUACAAUAUAUCCGGCCGCUGCAUUGAGAUACGGCGCAAUGCGAAGACGGUUGCCCCCAACGCCCUCGAUCGUGGACAGGACUUCCUCCGCGCCAUAACCCUCGGCUUUGAGGUCCAGGACGCUCUUGCGUUUCUGAAAAUGGACAAUCUCUACAUAGACACCUUCGACAUCACUAACGUAAAGCUUGUCCUUAAGGGCGAUAACAUGUCCCGAGCGAUAGGAAGGAUAGCGGGCUCCGGCGGCAAGGUCAAGUUCACCAUUGAGAACGCGUCGAAGACACGGAUUGUGCUAGCAGAUAAGACGGUGCACAUCCUGGGCACCGUGGCAGGUACCCGUGUCGCCCGCGAUGCUAUAUGCGACCUCAUUUUGGGGCUUUCUCCAAACAAGGUCUAUCAGAAGCUGAAGAUGGCUGCAAGCCGCUUUUCCUAA